AUGCCCUGUAAAUUGCCUGCACCACACUCACUGCCCAAAGUGCAGCGGUAUGAGCCAUGGCAUCUCACAUCGUUUCGCCUUCCACAUUCCGAUCCGCCAAGACCGUGGAAGGAACACUGGUUCCUGCCUUCCAUCUGCCAUACCACACCCCACUCCACCGGUCCCUGCCAGAAUCAUCCCUUUUCCGGCUUUUCUUGCCCGGCUUUUUCUCCGUCUGUCUCUAGUCAGUUGAACAAGUCCCGUCCCCCACGUGCCGUCACUCUCUUACCCGAGGUGAUUUUAACCGAGCCGGAUACCGGAAAGCAAAGCCAAAAUGAGGUAAGCGAACCUGCCCACCCACCCACUCUUGUUGGGCUGUCUAGCUCGCUUGCUCUUCACAGUGUCGGACUAUCGCCCAUUUGUGCUGCACCGCAGUGGACUCGUCCCGCACACCUGGAAAACCUGACGAUUCACCGGCCCCCGUGUUGCACAUCGCACAUUGCUGCAUCGCAUAUCGCCGCCACAGAACAAGAGUGUGGGGUUUCGCGCCCGCUUGCGCACUUCAAGAUCCAUCUUACCGGUCCGGUAGGCUGGGCCCAACUUGCUCCGGACUCGCUGGCCAUUGAAAGAGCCCUCAUUUCACCAUCCCCCCUCCACGAUUAUGCUCUCCCGUAG